ACAGUGUCAAAGGCUUUGCUGAAGUCCAGGCACACAACACCCACAGCCUUCCCUGCAUCCCCCCGAGGGAUCACCUGGUCAUAAAAGGAGAUCAGGUUGGUCAGGCAGGACCUGCCUUUCCCAAACCCUUGCUGAUCCCUUGGUUAUCAUGUUUGUGCCACGGGAUCACGCUCAGGAUGAUCUGUUCCAUGGUUUCCUCAGACACCAGGAAAUAACAUCAGGCAUAACAGCAGUUAGACAUUUGUACUUGCUCCUAUAUUUAGAUAAAAUGCUGCACUCUUGAGCCUGUUUUGCAAAAGAGUUGCUCCAUAAUAAUGAUGAAAAAUACUGCCAAUAUAUUGUAAAGGUAAACCUGCCAAGCUAACUGUGGGAUGAGCAAAACAAAACCUGACUGGUGUUCUCACAGAUCUUUGCAAUGCACCAUGCCCUAUCCUCUCCUCAAAAAUAGUCACUGAAAUCUCUAAAUAAAAUUGUCAUUUUCACUUCAUUCUUCCGGGGUUUUGUCUUUGAAACUUGUGACUUGGCCUCCUUUAUGAAUUAAGUAUAUUUUGUGCAUAAAUCUGGUGGGUUUUUUUUUAAUAUUGAAAAAUAACUAAAGUUGGUGUCAAUCUGCUUGGUUCCAGCAGCUUUCUGAUUUGUGACUGUGGGCUUUGUCAGUGUUUGUAUUCACAUCACUGCAUAAAUGAAGUGUCAAAGUAAUUUCAGCAUUAUUUUAGUGUGGGUUUGCACCACUACUAGUGGUGGAGUGAGAGAUUUCUCAUGGGUAAUACUGAGGGAAAUUUAUAAUACCUGAAGAUCCAUUACAUAACUUUCUCAAUUUUAAUCCUUUGAUGAAAACACAGCAAGUUUCUCACAAUAUUUUCCCUGCAGUCACACAAAUGUUUCUGCAAUGUUUCAUCAGGCUUUUUAUUUUUAAAGCAGGGAGAAUACAGGAAUAACCACAUGGAGAAAUACAAAGAGGGAGUACCUAGAGAGGAAAAAUUCAGUCUUUAUGGUGGAUUAUCAACAGAACCUGUGUGAAUAAAGUCUGCUCUUAUGGAAAAAAAAAAAUCAAAGUUCCUUCUGGCAUGAAUAAUCAGAAUAACAGAAAUUUUCAGAAUUUGGAUGCAGACCAAUUGGGCAGAAUUCACAGGAGUAGCAGAACUCGUAAAACUGGACUUGAGGAGGACAAGUGAAAAAUUUGGCCUUGUUCUAGAGAAAGGGUAGGGCAGAAAUCAUAAUGUUUAUAAAAGGCAGUUCUAAGAAGGAAAGGAGAUAACUAUCUCAUGAAUGUAAACUGUUAUAAGGAAGAUUUAGACUAGAAAAUACCAGAUGUUUUCUAGAGGGUUGGCAAAGUAAACAUACUGCAUAUUUUUGGACAUUGGUCCUGUUGAACUCAGGUUUCAGGACUAUGAAACGAAUAAUUUCCUUUCUUUUUCCACUUUAACAGACCCUUGUUUUCUAGGAUAGUUCUUUGCAGAUCAGGAAGUGACUCAUGCUUCUAAAACAGCCUGUUCCACUAUUGCAGUGUGAUAUUUCCUUGUUUAGCAUCAUCAAUUAGGUGGUGUAUUUCAUCAGGAAAGCCAAAAGCACUUCUGGUGUUGAGGAAAAGCAGAUAUUCAAUAUGAGGAGGAAGCCUUUCACAGCAAGGCUGGUAAAAGACUGGCACAGGUUAUCCAGGGAGGUGGUAUUCCCAUCCCUGGAAAUACCCAAGGUCAGACGGGACAGGGUUCUGAGCAAGCUGAUGCAGUGGAAGAUUUCCCUGCUCAUUGAAGGGAGGUCAAAUUAGAUUAACUUUGAGGUUUCCUUCCAACCCAGGUUAUUCUGUGAUUCUGUGCAUGCAGUCAGAGCUCAUUGUGUGAAAGGGAUUGUUUGGGCCUUCUGCUGUUUUAACCCAGCAUUUUGAAAACGUGGGUGCAGGGAAUUCCCUGCUUGGUCAACAUUUAAAACCAUUCCUAGAGUGUUUGCACAUCUCAGAAAAUCAAUAGUAACUGCAAAACACCUCUGUAGUACCCGGUACUUACUUUUCAGAGCCAAAAUCCUACUAGGAUUAAGUCAAACUUUGUGUUUGUUUGAGGUAUUAUGGAUGUAGAUUGAAGGGAGUGCUGGAUUUUAGAAACAAAAGGGGUUGUCCUUGGAGAUAGGAAUGCACCAGAUACUCUAUUGCCACACCUCUGAAGGCUGUGGUUGACCCAGUGAAACAGACAAAACCCACCCAGUUUGGGUAGCAAUGCCAGAAAAAAAAUGACAAGAUUUUUUUGUGUUGCUAUGAAAGCAUUUUUAUGUUUUUGUUGUGUGGAUUUUUUUUCCUUUUCAUUUUCCCCUUCACAGUUGCUCUGAGAUUAUUUGGAUUAGUGUUGGCAUCAGUGGCUGCUUGGUAUUUGGGAUACUUUGUUGCUGCUUAUGUACCCCAAAAUACAGUAUCUAUUGCUGCACUUCAAGAGAUUGGAAAGAAACCAGUGUUGAGGGCCCCAGCCCCCAAAAGGCAGAAGUGUGACCUCUGGUCUCCCUGCCCACCUGAGAACUUCGCCUAUCGCAUCCUCAGUGGUGGUGGCAAACAGAGGAGGCCAACAAUUUGUUUUGAGGAUGAGGAGCUUAUAAAUGCAGGGAAUCAUGUGGCUGGAAGUGGUAUAAACAUUGCCAUUGUGAAUUAUAAAACUGGAAAAUUCAUGUCAACAAAUUUUUUCGAAAUGUGGGCAGGAGACCACUCCAGGGAGAUGAUGGAUUUCAUCAGGAAAGCACCAGAAGGGACCCUCCUUCUGAUGGCCACUCACGAUGAUGGGAGCACCAGGUUGAAUGAAGACACCAAAAAAUUAGUAGAAGAACUGGGAAGUAAAGAAAUAAAGAAUAUAAAGUUCAGAUCAAGCUGGGUUUUUAUAGCUGCCAAAGGCUUCAAGCUGCCAGAUAAUAUCCAAAAAGAAAAGAUAAACCACUCUGACCAGACAAAGAACAGAUACAAAGGCUGGCCAGCUGAAAUCCAAAUAGAAGGCUGUAUCCCAAGAAACCUGAUCUGAACAAAUGCAUACCUCAUUAAUAAAGACAAUUCUAUAUUUUUA